AUGCAGGACACUUCAAGCGCCCACGAUCAGGCUCAGGAAAUCUCCAAGCCACUCGUGGCGCUAGCACCGCCACCGCUCGCAGCUAAGCAGCCGGGCGCUGCCGCCGCGAGCGCCGCGGCAGCACCUGGCCCCGGCAGGCCCCUGCCCGUCGGCCGCAUGCCCCUGUCCAUCCAAGUCGCCGCCGACGAGGCUCGCGCCCACGCCACCGGCACCGGCGCCGGCGCCCGCGCCACAGCCUGGCUGCGCGGCGCCGCGGGGUCGCGCGUGGCGCUGGCGCUCGCGCGCAUAUUGACCGCCUCGUACUUCUUCAACGUCGCCUUCACAUCUGUUGAAACGUGGUGGACGUUCAAAAACGACCCCCGACAGCUGGCCUCCCUCCGCCGCUGGGCUUCGGACCCCGUCCCCCAGCCGCCGCCCUUCCCGUGGCUGCACGCCGCCGGCCUGCUGCCGGCGGCGCUGGCCGCGGCGCUCUGGCCACGGCCGCCGGUGUGGGCGGCGGCGGUGCUUCUCGCGUUCACUGUCUGGGAGGACGGCUGGAUCACGCUGCGGCAGGCCAGGGCGGUGCUACUGCACGG